CGUGACAGUUGCGCGUGUCGUUUAACUCGUAGUUUGUACGGCUUGUGCGUAUCGCGCUAAUUCUCUUAUCAGGAUAUAUCACAUCCGCCGAAACGCCAGAACCGAGAAGGAGUCAACGAAGAAUUAGUCGCUGAAAUUUUUCGCUCGCCGACCGCAGCGGACAAAUGACGUUGUCACGUCGUGGCGAGAUCAUCCGCCACGUAUGCGAGGAGAGGUGAGAAGUCGAGGUUAAGUCCUCGGGAGGCCGGCUCGCGACAUGAUUCUCUCGCGAAGAUGAGACGAAACGUGAUCAGCUUAAUCAAAUUCCUUCUCCUGGCGGUGCUCACGGUGUUCCUGACCAUCGUGGUGUUUCGUUACAUGCGAUCGCCGCCUAACCGUCAGAUCUCGACGUCGCUUGACGUACUGGCAGCGGCAGUUGCCAUCGGUCCGGGAAACGAUCGAGGGAAUGACGAACGUCUGAAUCAGGAUGACAAAAUCGAUUGGCAUGACUACGAGAAAAUUAAGGAGGAGGAGAAGCGAACUGGAAUGGGAGAACACGGAAGACCAGCCUUUCUUUCGCCAUCCCUUGAUACACGGAAGGAAAAGUUGUAUCAAGUAAAUGGAUUCAAUGCUGCUCUCAGUGAUGAGAUCUCAAUGAAUCGUUCAGUGCCUGAUAUCCGCCAUCCAGAUUGUAAGAAGAAGAAAUAUUUGAAAAACCUAGAUCCAGUCUCUGUAAUAGUAUCUUUUCACAACGAGCACUUCAGCACAUUAAUGCGAACUUGUUGGAGCGUGAUUAAUCGCUCGCCACCCUCUCUUCUGGAGGAAAUUAUAUUGGUUGAUGAUGCCAGCACAAAAGCGGAGUUGAAGAAGAAAUUAGACGACUAUAUCGCGCAGCAUUUACCAAAAGUGUCGAUCGUACGAUUAGCAAAACGUUCGGGAUUAAUUAGAGGCCGAUUGGCGGGCGCGAAAGCUGCUAGAGCAAAGGUUCUCGUAUUUCUGGACUCGCACAGCGAAGCUAACGUCAAUUGGCUGCCUCCAUUGUUAGAGCCCAUCGCACAGAAUUACAAAACCUGUGUUUGUCCGUUCAUCGAUGUGAUAGCUUACGAGACUUUCGAAUACAGGGCGCAAGACGAAGGUGCCCGGGGGGCAUUCGAUUGGGAGUUGUAUUACAAACGACUUCCGCUGCUUCCGGAGGACUUGAAGAGACCCGCAGAACCAUUUAAAAGCCCUAUAAUGGCGGGCGGUCUGUUCGCCAUCAGUGCCAAGUUCUUCUGGGAGUUGGGCGGUUACGAUCCGGGCUUGGAUAUAUGGGGUGGCGAGCAGUACGAACUAUCCUUCAAGAUCUGGCAGUGCGGCGGACAAAUGUAUGACGCGCCGUGCUCCAGGGUCGGCCACAUUUAUCGCAAGUUUCCACCAUUCCCUAAUCCCGGUCGUGGCGAUUUUCUAGGAAAGAAUUACAAGAGGGUCGCCGAGGUGUGGAUGGACGAAUAUGCGGAGUACAUCUACAAGAGGCGGCCGCAUUUACGGGCGCUGGAUCCCGGAGAUUUAUCGGAGCAGAAGGCUCUGCGCGCGAGAUUACACUGUAAACCGUUCAACUGGUUCAUCGAGAACAUAGCCUUCGAUCUCGUGGAGGUUUACCCGCCUAUCGAGCCGGACGACUUCGCCUACGGUGAAAUUAGAAACAUGGGCGCAACCGAGUUAUGUUUAGAUUCGAAAAAACGGAAGAGAGACGAGCUUGUCGUGGUGGAUACUUGUGUGAAGGACGAUCCGAAAAUGUCGGGUGAGCAAGAAUUCCGACUGACAUGGCACAAGGAUAUCAGACCGAAGGAUCGCACAGAUUGCUUGGAUGUGUCCCGGGGCGAGGAGAAAGCGCCUGUGACCUUGUAUCCUUGCCACGGGAAACAGGGUAAUCAAUUGUGGCGCUACGACAUCGAAAAGCAGUGGUUGCAGCACGGUUAUUCGUCCAGGUGCCUGGACACAGAUCCGGGCAGCAAGAGAGUAUUCGUGACCGCGUGCGAUAAAUCGUCGCCCACUCAAAAGUGGCGGUUAGAACAGGUUAACAUGAAGGCUAUUAAUAAUUGGGAGAAUAUAGGACCCAAGCUCAAAUGAAUUCUCUUUUCCUUUGUACUGCCAUUUUCUUAGACAGGUAGGCCGGAUUCCUAUUCGUACAGAAAGGAACGAUCCCUUUACUAUUCCUGGUUACUAGUCAUCACAAAUUUCGAUUUGAACAACAUAUUCCGUUUGUAUUGGUGAUCAACAACGGACAAAAAUCAUCGCGCGAUCAGAAUAAUUUUGCACGUAGCGUAAAGCGAGACUUUCGUUCCUUUAGAUAUAUAGACUGGAUAGCAAGCGUUUUCAUAUCGGUGGAUGUGUCUAUACAUAUCGCAUAAGCGCUCUAUCGUGCCUUACAUUACAUAGCCAUAUGCAGAAAUACAAUACGCAUCAUAAUAAUCUUAACAUUUAAGUUUUGACUUAAAAAAAAUUCGCUCAAAUUAAAAAAUAUUACGGUAGACAUUAUAUCUUCUUUCAAAAAAAUAUUGCUUAUUAUAAGCAGAACUGAUAUAUUUCGUUUAUAUUAUAGCGUAAGUUAUUUAAGCAAAGCUAACAAAGUUUUAGAUAUAAUCUAUUGAGAGAAGCUGGAAAUUUAUAUAGAACGAGUUACAUAAAUUAUCACAUUAUUUUCUCGGAAAUUAUGAAAGAUAACAAAAAAAUUUUUUUGUUAUAUUUAUUAAAGUUAUCUAAAACUUUCAUUUGUAUGAUAUAUAGAAUACAACCGAGAUCUUUAAGGGGAACGGAAAAGGUAAGUCUUCCUUUUCUUUAAAUGUUUUAAAUUCUCUUCUCGUUAAUAAGGAGGGAAGGAAGGGAGGCGGGAGGGAAGCAGUAGCAGCCUAUAUCAUACAAAAGAUUCCAUUAAUUGUAAAUAAAACUUUAAAGAGAGAAAUUCUUUUUGCUAUCUGUAAGUUUUCGAAAAAUAGCUUGUAAUAAUAUUUCAUGCAACUCACCAGAUAAUAAUCAUAUAAUUCUUUCCAUCAUACUCUACAUAUAUAUAUUACAUAUAUUAUAGUCUAUAUGAACAAGUAUUAUGAAUUAUUUUUUUAUCUAAGUAGUUUAUUUCAGCCAGAAAGUAUAUACGAUUGCUUCCCCAUUUUUAAUGCAUUACGAGUAAAUUAUAGAAUAACUUGAAAUACGGGAUAUUUUUUUUUACAAUAAAAGAGAGAGAUAUUGUAAUACAACAAACAUACAUGCAUAUAUAUAAAAUGUUACUUUUAGUAUUUCUUAAAAUAUAUGUUUUAAGUUCCACUUUUUUCUUUUAAAUAUAUCUUCAAUUGAGUAGAGAAACUGAAUACAAUAAAACAUAGAAAAGCAUGAUUAUUUAUUAUUGAAUGUUAUUCUGCAAUAUAUUCAAAACUGAUCAAAAUCGAAAAUGGGGCAUGUAUUUGACAUUGUAAUAGGAAUAAAUAAGAGCAUUUAAAAUAUAUUCAGUUUCUUUACAUCAUAUAUAUAUUUAUGUUUGAGCAUGAAUCUUUGAUAAAUGUGAAAUGAUAAAUGGAUGUUAUAUAGAAGAGAUAUCGUUAACUGUCUGUGAUCAUUGGUAUAUUUGGGCUAAUCUUUCAUUAUUACGACUAUUUUUAUAGCAUAUUUAUAUAUGAUUUUAAUAAAAAAAGGUUUGUAUUAAAUCCUUAUAUAUUUUACAACGAAUGUAAGUACCAAUCUGAUGAUAAGGAAACAAUAAAAUUUUAACUCUAAUCGAUCAACACUUAAUAUCACGCUCAUAUUAAUAUUCAACAAAUAUUUCGCAAAAUGCCUACUUACCC